AUGGGACUGACUUGGCGUCUACGUUUAUCAUAUGCACUUGGACAUGUUUUAAAUGAUUUAUGCGCAUCAGUAUGGUUUACGUAUACUCUAGUAUUUUUUAAAUUUGGAAUCGGUAUACCAACAAGUAUGGCUGGUUUAAUUAUUCUCGUCGGUCAGUUGGUUGACGGUUUUGUAACACCCUUGAUCGGAUUAUUUUCGGAUAAAUUCUCAUCUCAAUCGUCUAUGCUAUCGUCAUCCUCACCAGUUGCACGCACUUGUACAGAUAACCUUUUACACAAUUCUCAUCAAUCUUUAGCAAAUCGUGGUCAGAAUGAUGCUUCAACGUAUCGUACUGGUGAUGAUACCGUUGCUACGAGUAUGCCAAGGUCAACGAAUUCAUCAUUUUCUCAACGAUGUCUAUACUGUAUAACAGCAUUUCAACCAUCUGGUCGUAAAAUAUGGCAUCUAGGUGGAAGUGUAUUGGUUAUUUUCUCAUUUCCUCUGAUAUUUGGUCCACCACUUGGCUCAUCUGACGUCAGUACAUUAGCUAAAAUGAUUUACUAUCUGCCAUUAGUGGCAAUAUUUCAAAGUGGAUGGGCUUCGGUACAGAUUACGCAUUUGGCGCUAAUGAAUGAAUUAUCCCUUGAAUCAAGUGAACGUACCUUAUUGACAUCUUUGCGUUAUCUAUCUACAGUUGUUAGUAAUCUUAUUGUUUAUCUUAGUACAUUCCUUCUUUUACAACAUGAGCAUUCUUACAAUAAUAAUAUUGAUAUCCACAGUGGCAGUAAAACUGUGAAAAAUAUAACUACCUACAUAUCACCAAGUGAAAACGUUGAUUAUUUAAUGUUACCUAUGGUGAUGACAGCUCAUCCAUUAUCGAAAUGCUCAAAUCUGACAUCACCUUCAAUUUCGUUCAUUGAUUUCAACAAGAAUGACAUAUCAGCUUUUCAAAAGCUCGGUUUUACUAUUACUGGCAUUGGUGGGUUGACAACCCUUUUGUUUCAUUUAGGCAUACGAAGAUCGGAUAUUGUGAACACUGUACGAACUACAACUUCCUUAAAUGAAGGAGAUGUUCCAGUUUAUGGAUCAAUUGAUAAUACGAGAUAUUCCACUAAUGUGAUUACUACAUGGAAAGAUUGGUUACGUUUACCAUUAUUUUGGAUUCUUGGUUUUUGUUACAUGUUUGUCAGACUGAUUGUCAAUGUAUCUCAAGCUUAUUUAACAGUCUACCUCUUGGAUUCACUGCUUUUACCUAAAGUUACCAUGGCAUUGGUUCCUUUGACUGUCUAUGUGACAAGUAUUGUCACCAUCAUUGUGCAAAAACCGAUACAAGAUCUUAUAAGUCGUGAAUUGAAUUCUGGAAUUGGACUUAUCUUCGUUACAAUAUUCUGCAUACUUGUCAGUUAUCCUGGUAGUCCAACCGUAUUAUAUCGUAUAUACAUUGCUGCCGGUAUAUUGGGAAUUGGUUGUACAACAAUCUUGAUCACAUCAUUAGCAAUGGUUUCUGAUUUGAUAGCUAAAAAUCAAAGACACGGUGCAUUCGUCUAUGGUUAUAUGUCGUUUACUGAUAAACUGGCUAAUGGAGUUGUCAUACAAAUUAUUGAAUUAUUAUGGAAUGAAUGCUCAUCUAUCAAUUAUUAUCAAAAUGUUGAAUCCUAUGGGAUUGGAGCAUUUGUUUUAUGCCAAUUAAUUUUUAUAUGUAUUUAUAGAUGGCAAAAAAAUAUAUAUGAUGCAAAUUUAAACACUGUUCAUGAACAUUUAUAG